AAAGAAAUAUUAUUAUUAUUAUUAUUAUUAUUUAAAUUGCGUUGGUCCUUUGGCAGAAGCAUUAGAUAUUCUCCAAGGUGAAAAUAAUAUUUUCUAUGGUUUUGUUCUUCCAGUAAUAUUGAGUCUACGCCGUAAAGUUAAACAUUUAUUAUUAAAUGAUUCGAGAUAUUGAGAACGUUUAGUUAACAGUAUCCUUGAAAGUAUUGAAAAAAGGUUUUCUAAUAUGGUAAAUUUAAAUACCAUUGAAGCAGAAAACGCUGCAAUUGCUUAGUUGCACUGAUUCUUCUCAACAUAAUCGGCUUCUUAAAAUGUUUAAGACAGCAAUAGCUAAUAAAAUAGAAAAAAUAAAUAUUAUGCCAUCAACAGAUUCAGAAACAACCGAACAAUCAAAUGGGGAGACCCACGAUUUUUUCAACUUUGAUCCAUUAGUUAGCACUGAAAGUAAUGCUCAACAAAGUAGACGAUCUGCAACAUCAGAGGCAAAAAUACAGGUCGUACAAUUUUUCAACAACUGUUCUCAAGAACUGUCAAUACUUCAGCAGUAUCCGCCAAUCAAAGAAAUAUGUUUACGCUUUAAUACGCAACUGCCAUCAUCAGCUGCCAUUGAAAGAUUAUUUUCAUAUGCAACUAUAGUUAUAUAGGCCAAUCUACCAAAAUCCGACAAGCUAUCAGGUGAUAUGUUUGAAGAGAGGGUCAUUUUAAAAUCUAA